AUGCAUGAUGGUCGUUCUCCCAAUCCCUCCCGUUCUUCCCCCCAACUUCCUCCCUUCCCCCCUCUCUCCCCUCCUUCCGUCCCGUCCCUCCCCGCCCUCCCCCCUCCCUCCCUUCCCUCCCCCGCUCCUCUCCCCCGCUCCUCACCCCUCUUCCCCCCGUGCGCGCUGUGGACAGCAGCAGCUCUUCUCGAAGCCGGCGGAGCUGGCGGUGCAAGGCCCGCGCAAGGCGGAGCGGCGCAAGGCGGAGCGGCGCUCGUCGUUCGUGGCGGUGCGGUCGGCAUCACAUCGCUGCACCUGCUGGCGGGGCUGCACGAGGUGCUGCACGAGGUGCUCACGCCAACGCCAACCGCGCUGCACCCAUCCGCACCAACGCCAACCGCGCUGCCCUGCAGGUCACAACCCCGAUUGCUGCCUGGGAGGGACAGGGGGAUGGGGAGUGGGGGGAUGGGUGGGGGGGUUUGGGUGGGGUGGGGUGCGGCGGGAGUCAGUCCCCUGCACUUUCUGACCUCCCUUCCCCUCUACCCCCGCACAACCCCUCAUGCCUCUCCCCUGCAAGCUCUCAGCCAUCCAUGCGACGAGGCCGUCCUGCAGGUCAGCCUGUCUCUCUGCUCGCUCAGUGCCGCUCCAGAUGAGUUGCGUGGUUGCCCAGGUCAAGGAGCGCACCUUCUGACCUCCCUUCCCCCGCACAACCCCACACAACCCCACACGCCUCUCCCCGCACGUUCUCAAGGAGCGCACGUUCUGCUGGCGGUGCUGCGCGAGGUGCUGCGUGUGCACUCAUCCGCACCAACGCCAACUGCGCUGCAGGUCUCUGCCCUGCCUUCCCUCCCCUUCCUGCUACCUCAACUUCACGCUCCCUCUCCCUGCUGUAUCGUCAUGCUGCGUUCUCGUCAGUCCCCUGCACGUUCUGACCUCCCUUCCCCUCUACCCCCGCACAACUCCACACGCCUCUCUCCUGCAAGCUGA